GUUCUUUUAAUGUCUUUACAGAUGCUUAGUUAAUGAGCUUGAUGGGACAAAACAGAAAUUGCUUGAAACAUUAAAAGAUCAGGAAGGAAUGCAAAUGACACUAGACGAUGUUUGUAAAGAAAAAAAAUCGUUGGUGGAAGAAAAUGCUUCGAUCAAGAAGAAGGUAAAAGAAUAUAUAGCCUUGGCUUCAGAAAUGUUUACGGCAGAUAAUGAUGUCAUCUUGAAGGAAAAUUCAUCACUAAAAGAUAACUUUAAGGAACUAGAAUCUCUCAAAAGAAAUAUCGAGGCUUUGCAAAGUUCGUUACGUUUGGCUCAUGAAGAGAAAAUGUCUGCAAUGAAAGACAACAUAGCGAUGAAAGAACAAAUACGUGAGCUGGAACCUCUAGCAAAAGAAUCUACAAUACUUCAAGAUCACAUGACAGGUGUAAACGAGAAGCUACAAACUCUGAAAGAAGAAAACAUACUACUUGAAAAGCAAGCGCAACAAAUGAUUAGUUUGUCUGAAGAAAUGUCCGAUUUACGCAACGCCUUGUGUAUUUCUAAUGAAGAAAAGCAAUCUCUGCAAGAAAUAAAUUCUUCGCUAAAAGAUGAGCUUGCCAAACUUAAAGUAGAUUCGGGAGAAUAUAAAGUACUUGAAAAUCGUUUUGAAGGUAUGAAUGAGGAAACAUUGUUUCUGAAGAAAGAAAAUGCAGAUAUGAUAAAACAAACAGAAUUUCUUUCAAGUCAAUGUGUAAAUCUGCGUCAAUUAUUAGACGUAGUCAGUAAAGAUAAGCUCGCUCUUGAAGAAAGUAAUUCGUUCCUAAAAGAUGCUGUUGCUAAACCUAAGGCACUCUCAGAAGAACACAAAGUACUUAAGAGAGAUUUCAAUGUUCUAAAUGAAGAAAAAUUGUUGGUAGAGAAAGAAAACACAGAUUUGAAGGAGAAACUGAAAUACACGGAACAUCUCUUGGGUGAAUGUGCAGGUCAACGUCAAGUAUUAGAUGAGUCCAGUAAAGAGAAAGUGUCGAUCACAGAAAAGAACGCGUUAUUUACUGAAAAAGCGCAAAAUCAAGUAAUCCCACCAAUGAAAGCUCCUGAUAAUGGUAACGUUGUUAUCAUAGAAACGAAACUUCAAGCGUUGUUGAUGUCGAAGCUUGAUGAGAUCAUGAGCAAAUUGAAAGUGGCUUGUAAACAAGACAAACAUAUUUCUGUCGUUCGAGAGGAUGAUAUUAUCAACAUUGAGGGUGAGUGGCUUUUGCCCCCAUUAAAAAUUAAAUCGUUCUACGAUUGCUAAUUAUGCAGCUUUAAGUCAUAAUUAAGUUGUGCAAUUUUGAUAUCAAACAAACGUCAAGUGAUAUGGAGGAGCUACAAAUAAUAUUUUAUUCUAUAUCGUCUUAAAUCUUUCCAAUAACAACAUAUUAAAAUUGACGUAUGGAAUGGUCUCGCAUUUCGGUAAUAUUCGGUUGUUUAUUUUAAGGUUACGGAGACACGUUGCGCGCGUCAUUAAAAAAAGUUGAAGUUGAGGCCUGUGUAUUCAACCAAUUUACAUGUAGCUCAGGUAGCUAUAGGUUUUCUUUUUUCUUUUUAUGAUACAGUAUAUAACUUUUUUUUAAACGUCGAAUGGCAAUAAGUAAAAAAUGAAAAUGAAAUCAUAGCUACCGCACACACUUUUGUGCCCCUGGUUCUCGUGCGCCUUUUGUGAAAAAUUGAAGAAAAUUGGGCAAUACCUGAGCUUAAACAAAAAAUUUUGAAUCUAGCCUUUUGUCUGAAAAUUCAUUACGCAUAAACGAAGGCGUUAGGUUUCCGCGGAUUUUUCGAUUAUCAGAGCAAAUACACCACCCAUUUCCUCAUAACGACAGCAAGGUGACACCUUUUGAAAAUAAACUGAUUAUUUUCAUGGUAACCGUGCUUCAAUUAUAUUCGAUUAUAAACGGGGUAUACUGCAUAAUAGUAAGAGGCAUUUGACAAUCACCACAAAGUUUUACAUCCUACUUAAGGCAUUGAGGCCCGCACCGUGUGUCAUGACCACCAUGAUAUUUCAAACCAAGGGCUUACGACUUCUUCUGCUGUCAAUCAAAUUUUAAGCGUAAAUAUCUCGUUUUCACUUUAUCAAUAAUUAAUUUUCACCAUAUAAAAGAUCUUGGGUUUAAUAAUAAUUGGGUUUAAAAAUGAUGAUUUUUGCCCCUCUCAACGUUGUCUCGUAACCUUAAUUUGCCUACAUAUAUUGGAAUUCAACUUUAUAAUGUUUUAUAAGAGCAAAAGGAAAAUUGUUCAAAUAUGGUGUAAUCCAAAAAGACAAUAGUUUGUAAUUUAUAUUUUAAACUCAUUAAUAAUUCAUGAUAAAUUAGCCAACCAUAUUGCUUUAUUUUGCUCACAUGAUAAUAUUGGAUACCUCGUGCAGUAUAGAUCCAGUCCUAGGAUCAAAAUUGAUCCAGUCCUAUCAAAAUUGAUGCAGUCCUUUGACUGGAUAAAAAUUAAUUCACCUCACUUUAAUUAAGUAGUGAUUUAUUCGUAUGAGAUGUCAUUUCAAAUCCUCCAAUUUGGACUCGGCUUCACGUCGGACUUGAUGAAAUUGCGCAGACUUGAAAUACUACAUCUCAAACUCAAUAAUUCAUGAGUAAAUUAGGCAACCAUAUUGCUUUAUUUUGCAGUGAAGUAUAUUGGUACAGUCCUAGGAUUGGAUCAAAAUUCAUUCAGUCCUUGGAUUGGAUCAAAAUUAAUUCACCUCGCUUCAAGUAGUUAUUUAUUCGUACGAGAUGUCGUUUCCUCGGCUUCGCCUCGGGCGUGAUCAAAUUGCGCGGACUUGAAAUCCAGUACAGUCCUCAUAGUCGGAUUUGAAACAUUACAUAUAAUCUUGAAAGGUCUGUGCCAGUGUAGGUAGUGCCAACAAUGAAUGCUUCGGAUUAAUAGGGAUACAACUACCUGAAAGAAUAUAUAUAUAUAUAUAUAUAUAUAUAUAUAUAUAUAUAUAUAUAUAUAUAUAUAUAUAUAUAUAUAUAUAUAUAUAUAUAUAUAUAUAUAUGUAUAUAUGUAUAUAUAUAUACUCUUUUGCAUUACGUUAUAGUGAGUUAACUACACGUUUAGUGUCUGUUUUAUGUUUGGUAUUUCAGCCAAUUGAUUUCACAUUUAAAUUGAUUUAUUAGCUGACUUGGCAGAGUGUUAUGCGAAGAUUGCUGAUCAGUACACAAAACACAAACAGAAAAUAAACGAUCAUGAAAACUGUUUGGAAGUCGAACCAAGGAUCAAGGAACAACAAAGAGCCGCGUUGGAUGAAAUGAUCUCGAAUGAGGAAAUGGAUUCUAAGAUCCAAGAGCUUCAAAGCAAAAUGUUUUUACUUCAGAAAGAAAAUGAAAACCUGAAAGAAUUCCAAGAAAAAAGUAAAGAAGAGAUUCUAACUGAAAGAGCGAAAGUGGAGGGGCUGGAGAAAAAUCUUACAGCUAGUGAAGCAGCAAUGGAAAAACUAAACGAUAACAACGUCGAGUUAGAACUGCGAAUGCUGUCAGUGCAAGACCAAAUUAAUCAACUUCAGGAGGAGAAAUUAAAAAUGAAAGAUUAUAUUCCCCAAGUGGAAGCAAAAGUUGUGGAUCUUGACAAGAAGUUGUCUGAAGAAGAAUUUAUCAGUAAACGUUUGGCGGUUGAAGUUCGAUCACUUGAGGCACAGUUAGCAUACGCUGACAGACAAUUACGACACAAAAUAGAGACUGAAGACAAUCAGAAGGUACCCCGGAGAAACUAUGUAAACCCCAGCAGCCAGAAUGUUCGCAAAAUGUCUUUAGUUGCCGAAGAAACUUCUUCAGUGACUGAAAAAUCCAUUAGUAUUACGGAAGACUCCUCUGUUGCGGAUGAUUCCAAAAUCUCAGAACUUUCCAUCAUGUCAGAAAACAAAGAUGUCUCUGUUGGCAAUAGCCAGGAACACGUAAAUAACACAAGCAUGUUGUGUAAAAGCAAAAAUGAGGAACGCGUGGAUAAUAUAAACAUGCUGUGUCAACAGGAAGAAAUUCUUAAAAAACUGCGACGUCGCAGUGCUGUAUAUUCACAAAAGAAUUCACGGAAAUCUGAGACAAACGACAAGAGACGUUCUACAAUCGGCACAGAAUCAUUCGUUGUGGGACAGUUCUCCAAUACAGUUGCAGAUGAACCUGACGAGCAUGAUUAUGAAUGGGAUCGUAUUUUAGAAUUAAAGGAACGCAAUUCUAUUUGCGCACGACACCUGCGUUCAUCUUAUCCCGUCGAAACACAAGUACACUUGAAGGAAGAAGUCGAAGAAGAAGAUCUGAAGUCAGGACGAUAUGCCACAACUCAAUUUCGGAAACGCCUACGAGAUAACGUGAGUGAUAGUAGUAUAUUCACUACUUUUGAUACCACUCGUUGUCUACCGAGAUCUAAGUCUGAAAAUGCGUUUGGAAAACUCAAUUCACGCGAGUCAAACGAUGAGAAUGAACAUUUACUCAGCUCGUCAUCUUUCCCUGAUCAGGAAAACCUUGAAAACAUCGAGCAAUAUAAUCGACGAGAAAGUAUUGCAUUCAAAGUGGACAUCACUCCGGCAAAGAAACCACGGAUGUCUUUACGACCUCGCAUGCCGCGUGCUUUUGGAACUGAGAAAAAGGAAACAGUGAGAAAUAAGAGCAAGAUGAAGCCUGCACAACAGACUUCAAAGAAAUUUACUUUACAACGAAAACCGAGCUCUGUGAAAGAGGGGGGCAAGAAACCACAAAGGACCAGACGCACUAACCUCGCAGUUUAGUGUUGUAUAAUUAUUUUGUUUGGCUGUGUAAAUAUUUAAACUUUGUUUUUGCAUUAUACUUCUUGUGUCAGAUAUUUAAUAAUCUACUGUAUUAGUUUAGACUUGUGGGCUUUACAGUUUCAUUAUCACGUUUUAAAGUCGUAGUUGGGAGACUUUCCGUGUUUCCAUACAGUUACAGAAACACGCUUCUUGGCCCAAUCCACGUUCGCGUACUGUAAAUGUUAUAUUAUUAGUAGAUCGGACAUUUUUAUCGAAAAUUUCAGUUGCAUAAUUAUUUUAAGAAAUGUAAGUAUACUUCACUCAAAAGACUCUUGUUAAUGUUAUUAUGCUUUUUUCGUUGUGGUAUGUUGGCUUGCCAUCCGAAUGGCUUCCGAUAACAGAUAUCCAGGCUACUUUGAACACUAUAAUGUAAUGUUCGUGGUUUUGUAUGAAUAUCAAGCACUUUUAAGUAUAACAAUAGAUAUCAAACAACUUGUACAAACAGCAUAGUACGUAUCCAAUUACUUCCCGGUUCCCUAG